AUGUACAACCAAUUGUUAGAUSAACUCAUUUCUGGCAUCAACUCGAGGUUUAACCAAGAAAUUGUGCAAUUAGUUCAAGCUGUAGCCAGUACGAUUCGUCUAGACACUACGCCUGUAAUGAUUUCAAUAUUAUCAAAUUUUGCAAAUGUCCCGGUAGAGAAAUUACAAUCUGAGAUAAAACUAUUAAAAUAUUUACCAGCUACUGAUGGUAAACCAGAUACUAAUACUAAUAAUGAAUCUAUUCAUGCAUGGCUUGAUUAUAUGAAAACAAAUAAUUACAUAAAAUCAUUUAAUGGAUUUUUCACCGUACUGAAAUUAUUCAGUAUAAUACCAGUUACAAGUUGUUCCUGCGAACGGGUAUUUUCAAAACUAACAAUAGUAAAAAAUAAAUUAAGGAGUACUAUGCAACAAGACCGACUUAAUAGUUUAUUAUUAAUGUUUACUGAAUCAGAAUUAACAUCUAGUAUUAACAUUGACAUGGUGAUUGACGAAUUCAAAAUGAUGGGAAAUAGGAGAAUUCAUUUAUAA